AUGAUGAAGCUUAACCGCAAAUUUUACAUUCAAAUACUACCCGAAUUGUGUUACUUUUUCCCCAGCUACAAAUUCUUGAAAGUUGUAUGGCCAUUAUAUGGCAUCCCUGAAGCAGGCAACCACUGGUUUCACACCUACCAUAAGCACUAUACCAAGCAACUUGGCAUGGAGACCUCCACGUACAAUCUAUGCCUCCUUCACUGCUGUGAUCUGGAGCAAGAAUUUGAGGAUGCCCAGGGUAUUACUCUUACCCAAGAACGCACCUGUAAGAACAUUCGGCUCGUACAAGAUCACCCUUCGGAUACGGUUAGCUCCCGUGGCAAGGUUCGCAAAAACGCAUCUCCGCACGAACAGUACGUUGCCCAACGAGCCCUUGGUGCGUAUAUUGCUUCCGUCUCACAACCCGAAGCCUCGUUCGAUCUAUCCUUCGCAGCGCAAGCUACACAACCGGGAAAAGAGGAUAUAAAGGCGCUCAAUAAACGACUUCAAUGGCAGAUUGACAAUUCCACCCGCGGGCUACGGUUCGUCAAGAUCGAUCUACGGACUGCAAAACUGUACGCAUUCGUUGAUGCUUCGUUUGCCAAUAACAAGGACUCUUCUUCCCAAAUUGGCCACGUUAUCGUACUCGCAGACGCACGAAAUAAUGCGAAUAUCCUCCAUUGGUCCUCCACCAAGUGUAAGAGGAUUACCCGAAGCGUGCUCGCUUCAGAAAUGUAUGGUAUGGCCAAUGGAUUCGAUGCGGCCGCAGCAAUCAAAUCAACCCUCACCCAGCUGCUGCAUCUUUCGGAGCCGCUCCCGCUAGUCCUUUGCACCGACUCGAAGAGCCUUUACGAAUGCCUCGUCAAGUUGGGUACGACCCGCGAAAAACGCCUCAUGAUCGAUCUCAUGUGCCUCCGUCAAUCGUACGAACGACAAGAGAUCACGGAGGUGAGAUGGAUCAACGGCAACAGCAACCCUGCCGACGCGAUGACCAAGAGCAAGCCCUGUCGCGCUUUACAAGAGCUUAUCGAUACGAACAAGCUACGCAUCGACGUUGACGGUUGGGUCGAAAUAACCCUAGUGUUUCUAUUUGUAUAUUUAGCUGAGCUAAAAGCGAAUAAAAAAAAUAAAGACGUUGGGACUGGAUGUUGGACUGGAAAAUCCAGAUUGGCCGCCAAUCUGGAACACCGAUGA